AUUGUCUUGCUACAAUCUCUUCCUUUAGCUUCCAGACUUUAUGACGGGGACUGUACUUUUCCUUGGCUUCUUUAGCACUCUUCAAGAUAAUAUCACAAACCAGCAACCUAUGCUGGGAAACACACUCUUCCCCCGAUAUAACUUUCACGUCCUUAUUGUAUAUUUAUAAACAUGUACUAGGACUUGUUUACUUAAAAAUGGCCGUCGAAUGGCCGAAACGUCGUAAAGUGUAGUGAUUAUUACUUUUUUAUUUUACAACGCUCGAAGCAAACACAUAUAUAUGUAUAAUUUUUCAAAAUAACAUCAGUUUUAUUAAUAAAGUACAUACAUAAUUAAUAAGUGAUGUAAAUAUUUGCAACAAAUGUGUAAACAAAAGCAGUUGAAAAAGAUUAUAAGAUAAUUUCAGAUGUUAUUAUGAAGAAAAAUAUAUAAAAAAGAAAAGAAAAUAAUCUUCCUACAAUGUCACCACCAAAUAAACGUUCGUUUGAAGACGAAGCUUCUGAUGUCAACCUAAAUGAUCCAUGUAGUGAUGAUGAAGAAGAAAUAUAUCAAAAAGGAAACAGUGAUGAUGAUUGGACAGAAAUUAAAGCAUCACCAAAAAUUGGGUGCCUGCGGAACUUUACAGAUUGCUCGAAUGUAUUCAAAGCUUUCAUAGGGUCAGCAUUGAUUGGUCUGCCGUUUGCUGUGUUACAAUCUGGUAUUGUGCUGGCUAUGGUGUGCAUAUUCUUAAUUGCUUCUGCUACAGACCAUUGUUGUGGACUAAUUGUAAAAUGUAAACGAAUUGUUGUAGCAAAUAUUAUAAAAGAAAAAAUCGGUCGUGGCGAAAGCAAGGACGAAGUGAAACGUCAAGAAGAAAUUCUUGGUAGAACUUUAUCAUUUGGUAGGAUCGGGAAAGCUUGUUUAGGCCGACCUGGUUUAUUAGCUGUAAAUGUGUCUGUUAUGGUGACACAGUUUGGAUUUACUAUUGGUUAUUUUAUAUUUAUGGGCAAUACAUUGCGUUCAGUUCUAAAACACUUUCUGGUACCCCAUGCUGCAUUGCAGAAUGUUACAAAUGCAACUAUGAUUCCAACACAUAAACUAACGACAAAGAUGUGGACUACCACAGUUGCAACUUUAACCACUGGAAAUACUACACUGUUUAAUACUACCGUGUUGCCUUUGUUUUCUGAAUUUGACAACAGGACUAUGACGCAUUUUAUUUAUCACCAUUUAAAAAAUGCUGUUGAAGCAGUUAAGGAUCCAUUAAGCCAAACAAAUCUUUUAGAAAAUUCUUACAUGGCGUUUGCAGUACUUCUGCUUAUUCCAUUGCCAUUGUUGGUGUUGAUUUCUUUUGUGAGAAAUUUACGUAAACUUGGACCUGUUAGUGUUAUUGCCAAUGCAUCCAUUACUGGGGCAUUUGGAUUGACUGCUAUAUACAUAGUUUCAACUAUGAAUGGUAUUCCAAAUAAUAUAGCCUUGGUGAAGCAAAAAACAUUUCCAAUAUUCUUUGGUCAGGUUACUGGAGCAUUUGAAGGGAUUGGAACAGUGAUCCCAAUCGAAGGAAGCAUGGCUGAAAAUCGUAAAAAAUAUCCCUGUUUUUUGCAUCUGUCGUUAUUUCUACUUUCCGGCAUCUUGGGCACGUUCGGUGUGGUUGGCUAUCUUGCUUAUGGCGAGAAAACAUGCCAGAUCGUAACGUCGAAUCUCCAUGGUGAUGUUGCCAUUGCAUUGCAAUUGCUGCUGUUCGUCGGCGUUCUUUUCACAUACCCACUACAAAUCUAUCCGUGUAUACAAAUUACUGAGCGGAUUUUCAUCAAGCUAAGAACAUGGCGAGCAGCAAAACGUACCAGAUAUCGAGUUUUGAAUUCAAAAGUGCUGAGUAAAGAUGAAGAAGAAAAGCUAAUUGACAAUGAUGAAAAACCUGAGGUUGAUAUUUCCCCAGUUAAGCUGAAAACAUGGGAAGGCAAUUUGAUUCGUGUAUUUUUAAUAUCUUGCACGGCUUGCAUAGCUCUCGUGUUUCGUUCACAAUUCGCAUACAUAGCUGCGUUGACUGGUUCCAUCGGAAGUUCCUUACUGUCUUAUAUUCUCCCCCCAAUUUUCCAUAUCUCGUUGAGACGGCAUGAAAUGAGCAAGUGGGUGAUCGCAAAAGAUAUUGGGUUGAUCGUCUUUGGUGUUGUCGGCGGUCUCAUGGGAAUGAGUGUGACCAUCCAGGAGAUUGUCACUGCAUUUAGCGCUGGUCAUCCGAGACAUUGUUAGCUAAAACAGGGAAGCAGGGUAUGGUUUUAGCCUAUGUUAACUAACUAAAGGUGUUUUAGGCUUACUGAAUGGAUGAGUGGAAGUUAAUGAUUAAUUUAUUUAGAUUUCAUACACAUUAGGAAUAGUGUCGCGCGGUUUCUAACUCUGUGCUAAUACGGGGAAGAAACUGCCGACAAAAGCUUAAUACCCUGUUUUCACUGUCCGAUAGAUAAAAAAAAUACAAAGUAAUUUUUGUUUAUUUUUUUAUGUUUUUUAUUCUUCUUAUUAUAUUAUACAAGUUUUUUUGGUUUAGAAUAUGUUAAAUAAUGUGUUUUUUUCUGAGUCGUGCCACUUUGUUCUCUCUGCUGAUAAAUGUCAUGCCCCGUGUGUGGUUACAACCGUCCUGGCUAAACAUUCUCAAUUUUUUUAUACAUUUUUGUAAGCUGCAGAGUUUUCUAGCCUGUGCUUUCGUCUUGGCGUCAUUAUAUGCACGUGUUUUUAUGAAUUUUAUUCUAAUAUAUACAAUUUUGUUUUAACAACCUCGUUCUCAGGCCUGAACUACCAUUAAUUUGCUUUAAUUUUUUUAAUUUCUUUAAAUUUUCUUUUUUUCGCGCCAGUGCGACUUUUACGUUAUAUUAGGGCCUUCUGGGAAUCAUGCUGGAUAUUAUAUCUGUGGUUAGCUCAGCCAGACAUUUUUGGUUAUAGCAUGCAGUGGGUUAAGGGUGAAACGUUUUUAUUGUUUUAAAAAUCAUUGAGGCUUUAAUUUUGGCCAAGCUUAGCUCAAACGUAUUAUAGGGGAAAGUUGUUCUAAAUAACUUUUCCUUUUCAGAUGUUGACUGGGAACGAAGUUGGUAUGAUUAAUUAUUGUUUGAAUUUAAAAUAUUUAUAUAAUGAAGAACAGGCAAAAUCGUCACUCUUA